GUUUUUGUUUUUUUUUUUUUUUGGUUCUUUUUUUCGGAGCUGGGGACCGAACCCAGGGCCUUGCGCUUCCUAGGUAAGCGCUCUACCACUGAGCUAAAUCCCCAGCCCCAGGUCUUCACGUUUGUGUGUCGAACACUUUAGUGCCUGAGCAUUUCCCCAGACCACACAUUCCUCCUAUUAGAGAUUUUUGUACCAGGUACUAUAGAGUUUUCUCAGUUAUGCCUCACAACCACUCUUGGUAGACUCUUUAAAACUCCUACUAUACAUAUACAAAAAUAAGCACUUGGAGGAAGGUAAAGCUCGGUUAUAGAUGGAAAUGGUGUCAGUAAGUAAUUUAGAUAAGAACUAACAAAAAUAUUUGUGGAUUUUUUUUCUGUCAUCUUGAACCUGUUACCAUUUCCUCUGGACAGUCCCUUCAGCUGAUCUUCAAAUGAGUGCAAAUAUAUUAAAGCUUUGAGUUGGCCCCUCAGGUUUAGCAACAUUUUUCAUUUAUAAAGAAAACAUUGGUGAAUAUUGUACAUUUUCCAUCGACCAAACAAAACAGGAAGAGACUAUCUCUAGACAGACAGACAGACAGACAGACAGACAGACAGACAGACAGACAGACAAAAAUACCGGACUACUUCAACGAACACUUUGGUAGCUUUAGGCCCUAAGGAGAAUUUCUAUUGUAAUUUAUAGUCAAAGCCCUUAGUUUGCAGUGAAGACUACUCUUCCCAGCGUGCAUCUCGGUUGCGUAAAGAACAUGUAAGCAAUUGCUAAUGUGCUGCAGUGCACUUUGGGGACUGUAGUCUAUGGAGGCCCAACCGCUUCAACUGCCCGCCAAACAGUCACCGGAAGUACCGGCCCUGAGGGGUGGAGUUGAGCUGGUGGCGGCGACAGCGGUUGCCAGGAUCCCGCGUUGCCGCCUGAGGGACCCGUAAUAUGGCGGGGAGGAGAAGGAGGAGAAGGCGGCGAACCCAGAUGCGCUCUGACUGAACCGACUGAGGCCUUUGCUUAUUAAGGAGGCUGGUCCACGGGCAGAGAAGCUGAUCGGGCGGUGGGUGUCAGUAAUUGUAUUAGGCGCCUGCUGUGUGCUGACACCAUUCUGUGCCAUGGGACUCAGUGAGCAAGACUGAGAAGGACCUGUUCUAUGGAGCUUACGCUUCGGUGGGAGAAGACACACAAAACUCACGGCAGUACAGGAGGCCAUUUCAGAUAGUGUGUGUGGUGGGAACAUGGAGGAAUAUGAGAAGUUCUGCGAGAAAGCGCUUGCCCGAGCUCAGGAAGCAUCACUGUCCACAGACAGCUUCCUGCCCGCCCAGGCAGAAAGUGUCUCACUCAUCCGUUUCCAUGGGGUGGCUGUACUUUCUCCACUGCUUACCAUUGAGAAGAGAGAGAAAAUUCAACAGGAAAAGCAGAAAGCACUUGAUGUGCAAACAAGAAAGCAGGCCAAUAGGAAGAAAGCCUUACUGACGCGUGUCCAGGAAAUUCUUGAAAAUGUUCAGGUUAGAAAAGCGCCAAAUGCCAGUGAUUUUGAUCAGUGGGCGACAGAAACCAUUGCCUCUAAUUCAGAAGUCACAGGCUUGAGUGUCCCUGUGACAGUUCCAAGUGACUUGCUGAGCCCCACUGAACACUGUACUUCAGGAAAGCUGGGAAAGACAACUGGACUACUGCCAGUGAAUAAUGAGGACCAACAAAGCCCUGAGAGGAUGGGUCUGCCUAAAGACUCAGAGGUGUUUGGUUCUCUGAAGCAGUGUGAGAGUCCAGGAAGCAGGUGGGCAGAAAAUGGAGCUGCUCCAAGGCUUUCUUCAGCAAGCUCACAAGAGACUGUCAUUUCUGACGAUCCCCUCUUAGCAAAGGAAGAACAGGAGCCAUCAUGUUUGGCUGAAGUCACUCCAGAUCCCUACAUAAUAAGCCUUCAGAAUCUAAUGAAGAGGUCAAAGGAAUAUGUGGAAAGAGAGCAAUCUAGCUGGAGUCUGAGAAGUAGUUUAAAGAAAAGUGUUCAUGAAACUCAUUCAGACAAAGAAAACGAUGCUGCUAAGGCCAGUGACUGUGUAAAGGAGAAGGCUCCACCCAUGCCCGUAGGCCGGCACUGUGGCUCUGCCAUCCCUGACAAACCAAGCCUUAAUAAGUCCAAUGUACUCCUCCAAGGUGCCUCUCAAGCAAGCAGCCUGGGCACCUCCGUUUUAGCUAGCUUUUUAAAAACAGACCUACCUGUAGGAACUGGUCCUCCCACUGUUCCAGAUGCCGAGUCAGAUUUUAAAGUUAUUCCUACCUUUGUUACUGAAAAUAAAGUUAAAAGUCUUAUAGGUCCAUAUGCCAAAUUACCUAGUCCAGAGCCAAGUAUGAGUCCUACAAUGCAUCGAAGGCAUUCCCGGUCAUCAUCAGCAUGUCAGAUCCUUAUAAACAACCCAGUAAAUGCCUGUGAGCUAAGCCCAAAGGGAAAAGAAGAGGCAGUAGAUAGAAUCGCUCCAGCUGCUGCUGAAACAAAUGAAUCUGAAAUUGUGCCAAAGCCACCAACUGAUUUGACAGGGGUUGGUUCAAGCAAGGUUUCUGCUACCAAAGUCAUGUCAGAUACCAUAAGAGAGAUGGUUAUGGGUAAGCCAAGUCAGGUGCAUCAGGCUUUAGGAAAUCAAUUAGGCAAUAAUGUCACUGUUGAGCAGUUUGCUAUGGAAGGUCCCUUCAUACCUGAUGGCAGGGGAAUGCAGAAAGUAGAUGGUACUUGUAUAGCUGUGCCCAAGUUGCAUGAACUGCAACCCACCAGUCAGUGUGUGUCAAGUCAAACCUUGGAAGAUGCAUGUGGACUCAAGGCAGCCAGUGUGCUAGCAAAAAACUCCUGCAAUGUACAGAUGGAACUGAAUAAAUCUUACGAUGUGAAACGCCCAUCUCCCUUACUUAUGCAAACCCAGAAUUCUAGACAGCAGAUGGACACACCUCCAGUGCCCCGCGGAAAUGAACAGUUUGUAGAUAACAGUUUUGAAAAAGUUAAGCGGAGACUUGAUUUAGAUGUUGAUAGUUUACAAAAAGAAAAUUGUCCGCAUAUUCUGACAGCUGGAUCAGCUGAGCAGGAAAGGGAACGUCCGCCAGAAAGAAGAUACCCUAAGGGAUCUGUCUAUGGUAACAAGAAUAAGAUGCUAGAAACUAGCCCUAAAGAAGGCCAGGAACUACUGAAAAGCAAGAUGUUAGCUUUUGAAGAAAUGCGGAAGAGACUAGAGGAACAGCAUGUUCAGCAGUUAUCACUCCUCAUAGCUGAGCAGGAGAGGGAGCAGGAACAACUUCAAAAGGAAAUAGAAGAGCAGGAGAAGAUGCUGAAAGAGAAGGCAGUGACAACGGAUGUCUCUGGCUUGAACAGUGCGCUGGAGCUGGAGUGGAGAAAAAGAAGCGACCCGGCUUUCCUAGAAACCAUGCUGUCCCAAGUGGACUCGCUUCAGACUUCAAACAACUCCGGCUUCCUAAGUUCUGCCCUGCAAUAUAGCUUUGGCUCUGCAAGUGAAGUACCGCUCUACCUCAGGGGAUCACUGACCAGUGGCGUGACCAAACUCUCAGUAACAAGGCCUUUUGGACGGGCCCAACCUAAAUGGUCUCAGGUUUUUAGUCCAGAAAUACAAGCAAAAUUUAAUAAAAUAACUGCUGUGGCAAAAGGGUUUCUCACUCGUAAACUUAUGCAAACAGACAAACUGAAGCAGCUUCGACAAACCGUAAAAGACACCAUGGAAUUUAUACGAAGUUUUCAGUCAGAAGCCCCUCUGAAGAGAGGUGUCGUCUCAGCCCAAGAUGCUUCCCUUCAGGAACGAGUGUUAGCUCAGUUGCGAGCUGCCCUGUAUGGUAUUCAUGACAUCUUCUUCGUAAUGGAUGCAGCUGAGAGAAUGUCAAUCCUCCAUCAUGAUCGAGAAGCCCGCAAAGAGAAGCUGCUCCGGCAGAUGGAUAAGAUGAGAAGUCCACGAGUGGCGCUUUCAGUGGCAACACAGAAGUCCCUGGACAGGAAGAAGUUCAUGAAAGUUGCUGAAAUGGGAAUGGCAAAUAAGAAGUUCCUGCUUAAGCAAAACCCUUCAGAAACAAGAGUCCUUCAGCCAAACCAAGGACAGAAUGCACCUGUUCAUAGGCUACUUAGUAGACAAGGAACCCCCAAGACAUCAGUGAAGGGGGUUGUGCAAAAUAGACAGAAGCCUUCACAGAGCAGAGUGCCUAACAGAGCGCCUGUGUCAGGAGCAUAUGCAGGAAAAACCCAAAGAAAGCGGCCAAAUGUUGCGACAAUUUAAGAAGACAGCACUCGCUGGGAUGAAGCAGGGAGCAGGGCUGCUGCCACCCACGUUCCACUCUCUAGUCAGGGCUUUUGACUUAGCCCUGGACUCUUUAUGCAGGCAAAGGGACAGCAAGGGCUGAGCAUUGGCCUGUCUAAUCUGGUCAGCUUGGGGAAUUCCUGCCUCAUUUUCCUAUUAAUGUUACUUUGGGUAAAAAUGAUUAGUAAUUGCCUUGUUUCUGAGCUUAGCCUAUAUAAAGAUAAUUUCUGUGCCCAGAGUCACCCUUUUUUAUAAACACGAAAAGAUACUUAUUUUUACAAAUUAUUGGAAAGAUAUCACCAAUUUUAAAUUAGCCCUAAAGCCUAAAUUUCAUUCAUGACUAUGUACUAAUUGCUGAAUUUGGGGAACAAAUUAGAGACGGUUCUAUUCAAAGGGAAAUUAUUGCAGGAAUAUCUGUUUUUCUAAUUUUAAACACUCAGAAUCCCACAUCCUUUGACUUGCAGUGUAGCUACACAGAAUGAAACACUUCCUGCUAAAUCCCACAUAAGAAGUGACUGAGGGUCUUGGUUUUGGGUAGAAAAGAAGACAUUUCUGCAGACAGCUGGUUGUUUUACGGGAAUGUUGGGUUUCCUGUGUGUUACUGUUGGGCAGAUGUAGACUAGAUUAUGUGCACUACCCUGGGAGGUGGCACAUUUAGAGGCCAUAGCACAGUUCAUGAGCACAGCACGUGGGUAUGCACUGUGAUGGGGCAGCAGAGCGCAUGCGGCUAGUUCUAGUUAGUCUGUACUAGUCUGUGUCUGUACUAGUCUGUGUCUAGUUCUAGUUAGUCUAUACUGUUUGUCUUCAGUCUUCUUUUUCUAGCAUGCUUUACAUAGGACAGAAUAAAGGGCUAUUUAAUAAGAAAUCCAGAUCUCAGAUAGCAUAGUAGUAAUACUGUCUAGUUUAAAACCUGCAGUAAAGGUACUCAGAUUUAUGGCUUUCGUGACUAACAUUGAAACAUCAACCAACAAUGUACCAAGAAAACACGAUUUUAUGAAACAGAAUGUCACUUACUAUGUAAUUCCAAAAAGGGCUUUGUGCUUCUUACAUAACAUUGGGAUUGUGUAUAUUUGAACCAUAUAACUUGAAUUUUAAAGAUAGUAGUAUUUUGAAGAUGCAGCCUAUAUAUUCUUAAUAACCUUUUUAGGAAUAUGGAGAUAAAGAUGGUUUUUCUGCUUUUCUUCCAUCUGAGAUUUGACUUUUAUACCCAGCCAGAAGUUACAAAAGAAUGACCCACUCUGGGUAUAAGCUUGGUUUCCUUUAUUGAGACUUCCCAUUCACUGAAGAGAAGAAGAAGACAGGCAAAAGGUCCAGGUCACAGAGUUUCACCCGUAGCAAAGGUGUGCCGCAGUGUUACCUGCAGUCACCGUUCAGGUGUAACUGUGCUUCAUCGUUCCAAACGCUCAGGACUCCGUGUAUCAUUGUGGGCUCGGCUCUUCAGUAAGGAAGAGGAGCUGAAAGGCUGUGUAUGUUAGUAUGAAUUACCUAAGUGAACUAUGUUUUGGAAAGUUACAAAUACUUUUAGAUUAAGGAUGAGAAACUGGAGUGUUUUUAAUUUCAUGGUAAAAGUUUGCUUGUUUUACAUUUGAAUGUUCACAGUUUUCUCUCAGAAAAGUGCCAGACACUGUUUUGUGCUUUUGAAGAAGUUUUAUUUAUAUGCAUUAUUUUUAUUGUUAUUUUUACUUUGACUGGAAUGUCUAUUAAUGUGAAUUGUGUUUAUUUUUAUACUUUGGUUUUCACUAGUUUUGCUUCUAGGUAAAAGGCAAAAUAAAGUUUUCAUCCUAAAGGAAA